GGAGCCAGCCGACCAGCACGGCCAUGGCAGCGGCACAGCAGGGCGGCUACGAGAUCCCGGCGCGGCUGCGCACGCUGCACAACCUGGUGAUCCAAUACGCCUCGCAGGGGCGCUACGAGGUGGCCGUGCCGCUCUGCAAGCAGGCGCUGGAGGACCUGGAGAAGAACUCUGGACACAGCCACCCUGACGUGGCCACCAUGCUCAACAUCCUGGCGCUGGUGUACAGGGACCAGAACAAGUACAAGGAGGCCACGGACCUGCUGAACGACGCUCUGGACAUCCGGGAGCAGGCCCUGGGUGUGGAGCACCCGGCGGUGGCCGCCACCCUGAACAACCUGGCCGUGCUGUACGGCAAGCGGGGCAAGUACAAGGAAGCGGAGCCGCUGUGCAAGCGGGCGCUGGAGAUCCGCGAGAAGGUCCUGGGCCCCACGCACCCCGACGUGGCCAAGCAGCUCAACAAUCUGGCGCUGCUGUGCCAGAACCAGAGCAAGUUCGAGGAGAUGGAGCGGUACUACGAGCGGGCACUGCGCAUCUACCAGAGCCAGCUGGGCCCCCACGACCCCAACGUGGCCAAGACCAAGAACAACCUGGCCUCCUCCUACCUGAAGCAGGGCAAGUACCAGCAGGCCGAGGAGCUGUACAAGGAGAUCCUCACCUCACAUGACAAGGAGCGGGCGGCUGCCCACCACGGUGACCCUGCAGCAGGCCAGAGCAGUGCAGACCCCCUGAACCAGGAUGCCAUGGGCAGCGUGCGCCGGAGCAGCUCCUUCUCCAAGCUGCGGGAAUCCAUCCGGCGUGGCAGCGAGAAGCUCGUCUCCCGGCUGAAAGGCGAGAGCGUCCGGACCAUGGACCCCAACCCUGGGAUGAAACGCGCCAGCUCCCUGAACGUCCUGCAUGUGGGCGAGAGGCCACCGGUGCCAGCGGCUUCCCCAGCGGUGCCCAGCAGGAACCUGAGCGCCAGCAGCCAGAACCUCUCCCCCAGCAGCUCCCUCUCCAGUGCGGGCUGA